ACGUGACGGCUUUGUUUACGGGGUGACGUGUACCGGAAGACAUGGACUACUUGACAGCUUUGCCGUGAUCUAUGGGAGCUCUACGUUAGCUCUGCCGCAUUAUUAUCGAUAUUUUCUGUUAGUUUACUAACCCUAUAGGACUUGUCUUUUCAUUAAUAGAAGCUAAACACCCUUACACCCUCAGACAUAUGUUCGAUAAGAUUAUUUGUUCUGGUUUAGCCGAGCAGGUGGCUAAUAUUAGCCGUUAAAGCUUCGUGGCAGCUGUCACGCCAUCAUCACCACGAUCAGGGACAUCCUGCUGCUGUGGACAGGUGAGUUUAAAGCUUUUCUCUCACAGAAAACAAACACAAGAGGAGAAUCUAUCACUGACUCUUAACAUUAUUAAGAUAAAUAACUGAAUAUUUAACUGUUUCUGCUGUAUCAUAGGAGCUUUUUCAGGCUGUAAAUGAUCAUAUCUGUUCAGGUCUAUAUCAGCUGACUUCUGGACUAUGCUCAGCUUUGUCGGAGCUGUUAUGUGUUAAAAUGUCUUUUUACCUCCUCACAGGUGUUAUAUGAAGCUUCUGUUUGUUCACUCCAGUCAUGGCCAGCCCCAAUGAUCUACAAUUUCAAGGUAAGAAGGACUGAGAAAAUCUAUUUACAGAGCCAUGCAGCUGCUGUGUUUGCUGUUUUUUCUGCUCCAGGAUGCACAAUGUUACUGGCACAAUAUCAAUAUCAUCAAUCAACUGUGUGCAAGUGCCAAUAAUGGAAAAAUAUUAACUGAUUCAGGGCGCCAGGAGGAGUAAAACAGCUCUUUAAAUACUAAUUUAAUGGUGUAUCUGAAGUUUAGUCAUCCUGAGCAGUGCCGAGAGUUUCAGCAAAGUAAACAAGAAACUCUGGAGUCGGUGAGAAGCUGUCUAGUCUGCAGACUCUUUGUUUAACAGGUUAAUUUGAGGACAGGAGAGACUAUAAAACAAAUACCUCCCAACUAGGGCUGGGCGAUAAAACAAUAAUGAUAGAUAUCGAAAAUUAUUUCCCUCAAUAUCAAUAUAAAACAUGGUCAAUAUGCUUUUCAAAAGUCAUGUUUUGGUAGACUAAACGAAUAGCCAAUGAAAAGGGGAUGUGCUUCGGGUCCACUUUGUGCUGAACCAAUCACGCGCUGAAUUUAGGGAUGUAACGAUUACCGGUGAAAUGAUGGACCACGGUAAAAUGUCUGAUGGUUAGUACUACCGUUUCAAAUUAUAACUACUGUUAAAACCGUGUUUGAUUGCCACACUCUGGAAAAGCUCACAAACUGCUCAGUGCUGAGAAGAGCCGCCGCGCACAUACACAUUGCGCAGUAGAUAACUUGUAAACAUGGCGGAGCGCGGUUCUGCUGACUGUGUUGCAGAGAUCUUUCCGCUGUCAAAGAAAACAAAGUCCGAAGUCUGGGCGUAUUUCGGCUUCUACAAAGGGUUGCGAGGGUUGCCAGGAAGCUUUUGUGCAUCCUUGCAACCAGCGCGCCAUCCGAGAGAAUAUUCAGUGCCAGCAUGAACAUCGUUUCCCCUCACAGAUCAUGACUCAAACCAGGAAAGUAAAUCUGCUGACAUUUUUACAAGUCAGCAGCAGAACCUGAUGGUGGAGAAAACAGACAAUCAGUUCAUUUGAUUUAUUUACGUAUUUUAUGUUAUUCUAAACACCUGAACUACACAUUUGAUUACAUGUGGUUGUUUUGUUUCAUAUAGUUGUGUUGCUGUUUUAUAUUUGUAAGAAUAGAUUAUUUUGGGCACUGAAGAUUCUUAUAAUUUGCACGAUAAGGAAUGUCAUUUUAUUUAAAUUUUGUUUAUUUGUUAUUAUGUUCAUGUUUAUACCAAUGGCACCAUUAUAUCCUGAUAUAUAUCCUGAUAUAUAUCGAUAUCGACUGAGAUGAAAAAAUAUAUUGUGAUAAACUUUUUCUUGUAUCGCCCAGCCCUACUCCAGCCUCCUGUCACUAACUCUUCUGUGCACAUCUUCAGAGUUCGAGGAAGCUGCAGAGCUUCUGUCUGCAGACCCUGGAGCCUCCACGCUCAGCAUGUCGGCCUCGAACACCAGCAGCACCACGGCACCAGUAGGAGGAGGAGGAGGAGGAGAGGAGGUGAAACUGGACAUGUCAGAGGAUGAGGAGGGUCAGGAGGAGAGUUCAGAGGUGAGUUUACAGACUCAUGAAACCCUGAUGGAGGUUUUAGAGUCCUGGUGUCUUAAAGGGCGUCUGUGUUUUCAGCUGUUAGGAGGACAGAAAGCUGCAGGUGGAUUCUGGACCUUUGAGUACUAUCAGUCCUUCUUUAACGUGGACACAGUGCAGGUAGGAUCAAUACUUAUCCGUUCAAUGAUUUUAAAUCUAUGUAUUAGUUUGCAUUAAUCUCCUGUCUUGUGAAUUUGGUGCAGGUUCUGGACAGAGUCAAAGGCUCUGUGAUGCCGUUACCUGGAAAAAACUUCAUCAAGCAUCACCUCAGGAGUAACCCCGACCUCUACGGUGAGGAGAACUUCCACCUGGACUUGCAGAUGUUGGAGACAGCUCCUGGGAAGUAACGUGAUAUUAAUUUGCUGCCUCUGUGUCCGUCUCUAGGUCCGUUCUGGAUCUGUGUGACUCUGGUGUUCUCGGUGGCGAUCAGCGGGAACUUGUCCACGUUUCUGAGUCACAUGGGAAACCCGGCGUAUCACUACAGACCGCAGUUCCACAGAGGUCAGUCCCGCACAUGUAGUCUGAUCAAACUGAGUCAGCACGUCUUCGUUUUUAACCGAGUCUUUCUCGCUGUUUUCAGUGACGAUAGCUGCGAUCGUGAUCUUCCUGUACGCCUGGCUGGUUCCCAUCGGUCUGUGGGGUUUCCUGACCUGGCGGCAGGGGACUGAGAGGCAGGUCGGAGGUUAUUCCUUCCUGGAGACCGUGUGUGUUUACGGCUACUCGCUCUUCAUCUACAUCCCCACCUCUGUGAGUGUCUCUGAGCGGUGAUGAGGUUUCUCUGUUACAGUCAAUCAAGAGCUGCUUUUCUGGAACUGUUGAUCGCUCUCAGCAGAUGGAAGAAGAAGAUGAUGAAGAGGAUGAUAACGAGCACUUUAAAGGGAUAUUCCGGCAUAAAAUUAAUUCAGAGUCAAACACACCGCAACAGAGAGUUAGACCCCCCCUCCAGAGAUGAAUGUUGCCGACCGCUUGCUUCUCUAGUUAAACCAACAUAAGUAACGACCGCAGGAUAGAAAUACAGAGAGCCACACGCUCAACCAAUAUCAUAGUACUAGACACCAAACAUCUUUUUAACUUUGACUCAUUUCUUUAGCAAAGAGACUAAACACAACUCACCUACUCUCUUCCAGCAGCCGCUUGUUUGUAGAGAGACCUCAGGCCAGUCCAUUACGGACUACAGCGGGGUGCCGCAGCUCAAGGAAGAACAUUUAUGAUCAUUUCUUCAUGGAAAUACAAUCAGACCGAGACGCUAAGACAGAAGAACUACAGCAUCUGCAGUGAAAAAUGAUUAAUAUGGUGAUUAUUACUUCAAAGAAAUGAUAAAGAAAUGAUCAUAAAUGUUCUUCCUUGAGCUGCGAAACCCCACAAACAAGCAGCUGCUGGAAGAGAGAAGGUGAGUUGUGUUUAGUCUCUUUGCUACAAAAUGAGUCAAAGUUAAAAAGAUGUUUGGUGUCUAGUACUAUGUCUGUGACCCUAUAUGUCCUGUUGAUGAAGUUAGGUGCUGUUCUGAGCAUUAUUUGUGGCUAUAGAGUGGCGUUUUGGUUGGGGGCGUGGCUCUCUGUAUUUCUAUCCUGCGGUCGUUUCUAAAGUUGGUAUAACUAGAGAAGCAAGCGGUCGACAAUAUUCAUCUCUGGAGGGGGGGGUCUAACUCGGUGUUACGGCGUGUUUGACCCUAAAUUAAUUUUACGUCAGAAUAUCCCUUUAAGUGCUCAGAUAAAUAUGGACAUUUCUCUUUUAUUUGCGCUGUUUAAGUUCUUGUUAUUGAAAUAAAUGUUCCUCGUCUUUGAAUCAGCUAAUUAAAGGAAAACACAAAAGCAGGUCGAUCCAGAUUUCCUUAUUUCCAGAUCCCUCUCUUGGACCUCAAACCCUCCCUUGGCCACAGGUGGGAUUUCUAAUCCCUCCAGUAAGUUCUGGGUCGACCCGGUUUGAUGUCCGGACCGCCUCGCCUCAGAGAAGCAGCAGUAGUUUUCACCAGUGCGACCCCGUUAACCGUCACUCUAACAUCUGCAGGUUCUGUGGAUCAUACCGGUCGAGUGGUUACGCUGGACGCUAAUCAUGGUUGCCAUGGUGAUCUCCGGCUCCGUCCUGGUCCUCACCUUCUGGCCGGUCGUCCGCGAUGACACCAGGGUGAUGGCGGUGGCGACGGUCGCCACCAUUGUGGUCCUUCACACGCUGCUGGCUGUGGGCUGUAAGGUGAGUCAGAGCGGCGAGGACGAAGAUGAUCAUCGUGUGAAAUGGCGACUGAAGAGCGAACUCUCUCUCUUCUCUUUCAGAUGUACUUCUUCCAGACCGCAGAACAUUUACCGACAACGCCCGUCACCACGGCGGCCCCGGCUCACGUCACACUGGUCACCAAACCUCACUGACCACCAGGAAGGAGGAAGAGGAGGAGGAGGAUGAAGGAUGUUUCUAUCGAGACAAAAGACUGAACAGACAGCCGGGUUGAGGCAAUACUGAUGGUUGCUGUUGUUUGAUUGGUGGAUCUGAAGGAAGGCGGGGUUGAUGGUGGGCGUGUCUGAUUGUGGUUCUGCUGCGACUGAAGUAGCACUUUGUUCAUCGCAAUAAUUGUACAUUUCCACUGUGAUGGUGCAUCUCAUGAGUCUGACAUGGACUUCUUCACACUAGACCCCCCCUCAUUUCACAAGGAGCAGGAAACACUCGAUCCAGAAGAGUAGACGUUAAUGUCGGAUUUUAGGAAUUUCUGGAUCUGAAAAGGUGAUCAUUUUUAACGUAUUCAGGCCGAUACUGAAACCAGAACAUUAAGUCAACAGAGACACAAAACCCGACAAACAGCUUCUGAUCCACCGUCAAUAACACGUGUGAAGACUCUGUGAUGAGUCUCGUCUCUGUUCCCCACAUUUAAAAAUACUCCACCAGUCUGAGCUUGUCGUUAGCUGUCGUCAUGUUCAUAUUAUCGAUGCAGAAAUGUUCAGAGAUCUGUCCUGAUGCUGCUCCAACUACUCUAUUCAUAGACCGACGCGUCUCGGCUUGUAGUUUCCGUGAUUCCAUGAUCGAGAUCCUGCUGAUCUUUACCUUCAAGAGUCACAGAAGUUUUAACGGUUUGUGAUACUGAUAAUCAACUUUAUAAGCUGUUAGCCGCAAAGAUAUAAUGUGCAGAUAUUAUUGUAGAUCCUUGUUUAAGACCCUCAUGGAGUCCUGAGUCUUCAGAAACUUCACAGAGCUCCUGAAGGUUCGAUCCUAAAAUGUAGAUAGAAACUGAGAUCUCCAUUGAAUCAAAGUCUAAGCAUCAUUUUAGAAAUAAGAGAGCAGCAUCUGAAUCGAAACAACCAAAUCAGCUCAAAUUUUCUGUGUAUCAGUUCUGUGAAUAGACCUCAACAUUUCACAUCAUCCUGUUACUGAGUUUCUGUCAAUUUAAAUCCCUUUAACUAAGUCGAAAACUCCCUGAUUGCUGCGGUUUCCUGCUGUGAUGAAUCUAAAUCAUCUAAACUCAGUUUCAGGACACACAUCCCUGUAGAGAUAAACUCGGUUCAUCCUUUAAUGCCCUAAAAAUAAACAACCAUCAAGUUAAAAUUUCACUCAGUCCAAUACUCUGAACUCUGACAUUAUUAUUAUUAGCAUGCUGGGCGUCAUAAUUGAACCGUUGAACCCGUCGAUCUCUCCGAACAGGUGCAGCUUUCAGAAAAAUUUGAUAUCAACUCUCAAAAGUGACCGAUUUUCAUUUCUGACACUCUAAAGCCUGAACCCUGUGAAUGUAUCCCAUGAUGCUUCAGUCAGACGUGUGAAAAGACGCCGUGUCAGACAGUCAUGCGGGGUUGUGAAUGUGAAAAAGGACGUCAGCUGAUGCACCGCGCAGCUUCUCCUCCCUGUAGGGAACGUGAAGAGCCUCCGAACCUUCUCCUCUUAAUUUAACGGUGAUUUAUCCGAAGGUUCUGGAGGUUCGUCUCUGCAGAAUAUUUAUUUCCUACUGUGAUGCUUUUGUUGUUUUUUCUCUUUUUGUUAAUAAACUCACAGUCUGACUCCUGGUUGUGUUAA